CGGAACGGUGGACACUCUAUAAUACGCGGCGUGUUUUUUGGAGCUUUUUGGCGCAAUUAAAAGGCGCGAAAGUUUAAAAAGUUUUUUUUUUAAAUCUUAACGGUUUUUAAGGACUUUUCUAGUUGUUUUAUGGACUACCAGUAGGCUAAAAUCAAAAUAGUUUUUUCAUGGUAAUUACAAUCUGACGUAAAACCCGCUGAAUGGUUAAUAUCCAACGCAAUUUCAAGCAUUCAUCAAUAUAAAAUCUUCGAGUGACAUCUUACCAAAGUGAUCAAAGAUAUACAGAGAAACAGACAAAAACUUUUUACUAAUGUAGCAUAUUCUAAAGCUACUUAAGCACAAGCCACAUUAUUUAAAAUAUUUCUUCGUCAACAUUCCAAGCUACCUUCCUCCAAUGCAUCUCCCUAUCCAGAGCUGUAACAUAUCAGAAGACGCUUGGCCGCGCAAUACGAUGUGUGACCCAUCGCCAAGUUUCUCCUCAACUUACCCGACGUACGAAAACUACUUACACCAAAUGAUUUCUAAUAUCCGUAAAGAAUAUGGAGAACAACUCGCGACGACUGGCAGUCCCUAUAUUUUUUGUACAAAGCUGCCCAAUCAUUGGAGAUCGAACAAAACGCUGCCGCCACACGGGUUUAGGGUAAUUUCGGCAACGGAAGUGCAUGAUGGAACUAAAGUGACAAUACAGGCCGGUAAUGGGGAGAAUUUAUGUGGGGAUUUGAAGAACCAUAGUGCUGUGAUGAAGAACGGAGAGGCGAAGUUUAACGAUUUGAGGUUUGUGGGGAAGAGUGGAAGAGGAAAGUCAUUCGACUUAACCAUCACCAUAUUCUGUUCUCCACCAAUAGUUGCAACCUAUCAAAAAGCAAUUAAGGUCACAGUGGAUGGACCAAGAGAACCCAGGUCAAAAUCAGUGAAUCAUGGACAUUCGUACUCUUUAAGCUCUCUAAGUAUGAAAGGAUCUUUCCCUGUUGACACUUUUGGUCAUUUUGGACAGUUGGUGAAAAAAAGUCGACCAUCGCCAAGCAGUAGCAAUGGAUCUCAAUGCUCUUUCAAACACGAAACAUCUGCCCAGCGACUCCCCGGACGACAUUUUCCUUAUUGCAAGGAGACAGGCUUACAAAGACCUGCUCAGGUCCAAUAUCAAUUAAGUGAAAAUGGUCUGAUAAAAUUAGAGCCAGAAGUAGGACACAAUAGCAACACUAUAAGAGCCCUCAAAGAUGAGCAGGAAAUUCUUUAUGACCCAGACUGCAAAUCAGAAAAUAUAAAUGGAGCAUGUGCCACAACAUCUCACUAUACUCCUAACUCUUGGACGGAUUCUAGCACGUACAGUACCUACAGUCCUACGAAUUUUUAUGAUAGUUUGCCGGAGGUAUCUCAUGUACCAUCAGUAUUUCCAGAGUCGUCGACUUCAACCACAGAGUUCCUAAAUACUUCCUUUACCAGAAAUUCACCGCCGACCUUCCCCAGGACGGACCUCCUCGAGUCAACAAUCACCAGCAGAAGUUAUCAGGACUACCCCUAUUGUCCUAACAACCUCAGCACCUACUCCUCCUACAAUAAUAAUUAUUACAAUUCUACAUACAGUCCGCAACAUUUUAACGCAACAACCCCCGUGGUGUAUCCCACAUUUAUAUCAACGGUGAAUCAAAACCAAAUCCAUUUUCAUUUGCAUCCGACGCCAACCAGUGAGGUGGGAAGAAACGAUUACUUCUUACCGGAAAAUGGUGAGAGUUCCAGACAAGAGUUAAUUCCUACCACGGUGGUGGAGACUAUCGGGGAGCAUCCAGGUGUAUCCUCUGGAUUGCCAGAGGAAGCUAGUGAAGAAAGUACGGGACAGGAGCCGGUAUGGAGACCGUAUACGGUUCAGUGACCAUAUUUUGAACUUUUGGGUAUUCAGAGUACGGACUGGAGUCAGAAGUGUGUAUAAAAUAAGUUCGAAUCAAUAUGUAAAUCCUUACCUCCUGAUUAAAGUUCAAUAUUGUAUAGAAAAUUAUUGAAGAAAAUAUUCAUCUUUGAAAAAGUGAGUCUUAACCAACCCAUCCCAUAUAGCACAAUGUGAUUUUAAAGAGGUCUAAAAGAUAUUUUAUUAGAACCUGUGAAAGGCCUCUACGACGCCUGGUAUUUCCGGAAAGAUGACUUUAGGAUAUCUUAAAGAGGUACGGAUAUUGCAAAACCGGACAUCUUUAAGAUGAUAAAUUUAGAAUUCACAUUAAAAUUAAAAUAGCAUGUAAGUAAAUAAAACAAGAAAAUAUUUACAAUUUUUUUAAUGUUUUUUCAACAUAACAAAAAUUGUUAAAUACGUUUUUUAAAUCUAAAAAAGAAACUGAUAUACAAAAAUUGCACAAAGUACAUAUUAGUACCUAUACACAGGAGUAUCAUAUUAAUAUUCAUAUCAGCAAACUUCAUUUUUAUUUUCUUCCUUACCAACUAUAUUUAGGAGCUUGCUUAAUUGGAUGGAUAUUCGAUAUUAAGGACUUCAAGCUUCUUAUUUAAUAAGUUCAGUUACCUAAAAAAUAAAUCAUCUAUAGAAGUUCACUUAAUCAAAAUAUGCAAACUACAUUAUUAAAAUUAACAGCAUACUCUAAAUACUGUUUAAGUGUUGUCCCUAAAAUAUGUCUUUCAAUAUCCUAAGGUGUUGUAAAAGAUUCAUCUGAAGAUAUGGGUUUUAUUGCAGAUUUAGUGAGGUUCAAAUCUCAAGCCUGUGAACGGCUGAAUUAUUUUCAGAUAUAUCAAACUCUAAAUCAAUUAAAUUUAAGGUUAAAUUAAGAAAGUUGCUACUUACUCCUAUAUGUUCAGAAUCAGAGCUAGAAUUUACUUAUUUGAUUUCGCCCUAAAGCGUUUUUUACCCGACUUUGGCAAAUUCCUUCUCUUUAUUUUUACUUACACAAUUCACAAAAAUCGUCGUCCACAAUGGAUAAAGUCAAGUAACAAAAACGCACUAAUAUCGAUACACUUAAAUAUCAAUAAAUGUUGAAUAACUUUAAUAAACCACAAACAGGACACUAAGCAAUCGCAGCAUACGAAAACGCAAGAAAUUAAAAAAAAACAUGGGUUAGGUUAGGUCAAGUUUGAGGUUAAGAUGAAAAUUCUGCUUCUACAUAUGGCACAGAAUUAAAUUGAUCUACAUAAUUGGUGUAUUUGCCUCAUUCUCUAGUUCAAUUCAUUCAAUCAGUAAGCAUAAAAAUACCAGUUUAGAUUUCUUAAAGAUAUCUUUUACUGGUCUUAAGAUAUUAGUAAAUUAUUACUAGAUGUCCUGUGCUAUAUGGGAUAUCAAAACUGAUAUAUUUUAAGAAAAUAAUAGUAUUGCAAGUACGAACGUUGACUUUUGCUAUACUAUCUUGAUCCAAAUAUGUAUACUUCAAUUUCAACAAUUAUUUUUAUGCUGAGAUCAUCUUAAUGCUGAGAUCAUGGAAAAUAUUUAAUAUGAAGCACAGUUUAAAAUAGGCAUUGUAAUUCAAAAUUAAGUCUACGUACUUAAGUAAUAUUUUUUAAAAAUUGAAGAUUUUUGCAGCCUUUUGGAUGGCACUAUACAGGGUGCUUGCAGAACUUAUUAAUAUCAACGCAUUUUGACAAAACUUCAACAAGGUCUUAAUAUAAACACCCUGUAUGUAAUUUAUUUUGUACAAAUAAAUAAAAACUUUCUAUUCUUGUAAAGAAUAAUAACAUACACGUAAGGAAAAAUAGGUUGUUUGUAUAAAUGAAAUUAUUUAGAAUGUAAACUUGUAUUAUUGUACAUAUGCUUACAUAUCAUUCUUAUGUGAUCAACAUUGUAAAUAAAUAAAUAUAAUAAUAAAGUUAGUUAAAUAUUAU